AGCAAGGCGAGCCUUUUGUUGUCGGCUGGAAGGAGCUGCGCGUGCCUCGGAAGGCGCUGCCCGGUUGGCUGAGACGCACGCGGGAGCGCGCGCGCGCGUUUCUCCCCCUCCUACUUUGCCUCCUGUUGCGAUUUCAGACGCCCGGGCGGGGGAGCUGGAGGAGGGGGAGGGUCUCUCGCGCAGCAGGUGGCGGGGAGUUACAGCCUCACCUGUGGGGAAAAGAUAGAGCCCCGCAGCGCCGGCGGCGCCUCCUCUCCUCUCUCGGUUCCAAACGCGUCGCUGCUGCCGCCGUCUUGUCUGCUUGCUGGCUGCUGCUGCUGGUGGUGGUACCUUGCAGCCAGGAGGGUUGCUUUCCCUCUCCCCUAAAGACAGGAUGGUGGAUCUGGAGAGCGAGGUCCCCCCGCUUCCUCCGAGGUACAGGUUCCGGGAUUUGUUGCUGGGCGAUCAGGGAUGGCAGAACGACGACAGAGUACAAGUUGAAUUCUACAUGAAUGAAAACACAUUUAAAGAGAGGCUAAAGUUAUUUUUCAUCAAAAACCAAAGAUCAAGCCUCCGGAUACGCUUGUUCAAUUUUUCACUCAAGCUGCUUAGCUGUUUGUUGUACAUAGUACGAGUGCUCCUGGAUGAUCCAUCUCAACAACACGGAUGCAAGGAAUUAAUUUGGGGAUGUUCCAGUCAGAACAACACUUCCAGCAAGAUAGAUUGGUCGCUUAUCUUUUGGGUGAACAGAAGCUUACCUUUAUGGGGAUUACAGGUGUCGGUGGCUUUGAUAAGUCUAUUGGAAACAACGCUCCUGAGCUAUCUCAGCUAUAAAGGAAACCUGUGGGAGCAAGUUGUGCGGAUACCUUUCCUGCUGGAAAUUAUUAAUGCUAUCCCUUUCAUAAUUACAAUUUUCUGCCCUGCAUUAAGAAACUUAUUUAUCCCAGUGUUUUUAAAUUGCUGGCUUGCCAAACAUGCGUUGGAGAAUAUGAUUAAUGAUCUCCAUAGAGCCAUCCAGCGCACACAGUCUGCAAUGUUUAACCAAGUUCUGAUUUUAAUAUCUACGUUGCUGUGUCUUAUCUUUACAUGUAUUUGUGGAAUUCAACAUCUGGAACGAGCAGGAAACAAGCUGACACUCUUUGACUCCCUUUAUUUCUGCAUAGUGACAUUUUCCACUGUGGGCUUUGGGGAUGUUACUCCCAAGAUCUGGCCUUCAAAACUGCUCGUUGUCAUUAUGAUCUGUGUUGCCCUUGUGGUGUUGCCAAUACAGUUUGAACAGCUUGCUUAUUUGUGGAUGGAAAGGCAAAAAUCAGGUGGAAAUUAUAGUCGACACAGAGCUCAGACAGAAAAACACGUGGUGUUGUGUGUCAGUUCUCUUAAGAUUGACCUCCUCAUGGAUUUCCUAAACGAAUUCUAUGCUCAUCCUAGGCUACAGGACUACUAUGUGGUCAUAUUAUGCCCCACUGAGAUGGAUGCUCAGGUUCGAAGAGUGCUCCAGAUUCCAAUGUGGUCCCAAAGAGUUAUCUAUCUUCAAGGUUCCGCACUGAAGGAUCAGGAUCUGCUAAGAGCUAAGAUGGAUGAUGCUGAGGCCUGUUUCAUUUUAAGUAGCCGCUGCGAAGUGGACCGAACUGCAGCCGAUCAUCAGACUAUUUUAAGAGCUUGGGCUGUCAAAGAUUUUGCACCAAACUGUCCUCUGUAUGUUCAGAUACUGAAGCCUGAAAACAAGUUCCACAUCAAAUUUGCAGAUCACGUUGUGUGCGAAGAGGAAUUCAAAUAUGCAAUGCUAGCUUUAAACUGUAUUUGCCCAGCUACAUCCACACUCAUCACCUUGUUAGUUCAUACCUCAAGAGGGCAGGAGGGCCAACAAUCCCCAGAACAGUGGCAGAAAAUGUACGGCAGAUGCUCUGGUAAUGAAGUGUAUCACAUUAUCCUGGAGGAGAGUGUAUUUUUUGCUGAAUAUGAGGGAAAGAGUUUCACAUAUGCAUCUUUCCAUGCACACAAAAAGUUUGGUGUCUGUCUAAUUGGUGUCAGGAGGGAAGACAACAAAAAUAUUUUGCUCAACCCAGGGCCUCGCUAUAUCAUGAGCUCUUCAGAUAUAUGUUUUUAUAUCAACAUCACAAAAGAAGAAAAUUCAGCUUUUAAGAAGCAAGAGCAGCAUCGGAGAAAUCACAUGUCAAGGUCGUUUUAUCAUGGUCCUUCUCGGUUGCCAGUCCACAGCAUAAUUGCUAGUAUGGGUACCGUGGCUAUAGAUUUGCAAGAUACCAGCUGCAGAUCUCCAAGCGUGGCUACCUUAACCCUUCCUUCAGAGGCAGGAAAAACAGGCAGGAGGCCUAGCAUAGCACCCGUUUUGGAGGUUGCUGACACCUCAGCAAUUCAUACCUGCGACCUCUUAAGUGACCAGUCAGAAGAUGAAACAACUCCCUCAGACGAAGAAGUUUCGAAUGGCCUUGAGUAUCUGAAAGGCUAUCCCCCUUACUCCCCGUACAUAGGAAGUUCUCCUACCUUCUGCCAUUUGCUUCAUGAAAAAGUGCCGUUUUGCUGCCUAAGGUUAGAUAAGGGAUGCCAACAUAAUUACUACGAAGAUGCCAAAGCCUACGGAUUCAAAAACAAAAUCAUAAUAGUGGCUGCAGAGACUGCUGGGAAUGGUCUCUACAACUUUAUCGUUCCUCUCAGGGCUUAUUACAGACCAAAGAAAGAACUCAAUCCAAUAGUAUUACUACUAGAUAAUCCGCCAGAUAUGCAUUUUCUGGAUGCAAUCUGUUGGUUUCCAAUGGUUUACUACAUGGUGGGCUCUAUUGACAACCUAGAUGAUUUGCUAAGGUGUGGUGUGACCUUUGCGGCAAACGUGGUCGUGGUGGAUAAGGAAAGCACCAUGAGUGCUGAAGAGGACUAUAUGGCAGAUGCUAAAACUAUUGUAAAUGUACAAACCCUCUUUAGGUUGUUCUCUAGCCUAAGCAUAAUAACUGAAUUAACUCACCCAGCCAACAUGAGAUUCAUGCAAUUCAGGGCCAAAGACUGCUACUCUCUUGCUCUGUCAAAACUGGAGAAGAAAGAACGAGAGAAGGGCUCCAAUCUGGCAUUCAUGUUUCGGUUGCCCUUUGCUGCUGGUAGAGUUUUUAGUAUCAGCAUGUUGGACACCCUGCUGUAUCAGUCCUUUGUUAAAGAUUACAUGAUAUCUAUCACAAGACUUCUGCUGGGCUUAGAUACUACACCAGGUUCUGGCUUUCUUUGUUCUAUGAAAAUCACAGAAGACGAUUUGUGGAUCAGAACGUACGCCAGGCUCUACCAGAAGCUUUGUUCUUCUACGGGGGAUAUUCCUAUUGGAAUCUAUAGAACCGAAUCACAGAAACUUGCAACGUCUGAGUCUCGAGAAAUGGCUUCACAAUCUCAAAUUUCCAUCAGUGUGGAAGAAUGGGAGGACACUAAGGACAACAAAGAACCGUUUAACUGCCGUAGCAACCAUCGUAACUCAACAUCGAGUGAUCAGUCAGACCAUCCUUUGCUGCGACGGAAAAGUAUGCAGUGGGCUCGGCGGCUGAGCCGAAAAGUGCCAAAGCACUCGGGGAAAACUGCAGAGAAAAUCAGUCAGCAGAGAAUGAAUCUUUACAGAAGGUCAGAAAGGCAGGAACUUGCUGAACUGGUGAAAAACAGAAUGAAACAUUUGGGACUUUCAACAGCAGGAUAUGAUGAAAUGAAUGAUCAUCAAAACACUCUUUCUUAUAUUCUGAUCAAUCCUUCUCCAGACACACGACUUGAACUGAACGAUGUUGUAUAUUUGAUCCGCCCAGAUCCAUUGUCAUAUGUUCCAAACACUUCAUCCAGCCGGAAAAACAGCUUCUGCAACGCCGUUGCACAGGACACCAGGGAAGAAACACAGCUUUGACGCUUCACACAGAUCAUUGAUGAAAAGACGUUUUUAUACAAAUAGCUGUUUUGAAAUUUAGUGAAAAUAAGAUGAUGGAUUUAUUAUAUCCAAGCCUUUAGGCAUAAUGGUCAGCUAACACACACCGGGCAACUACUUUACUGUAACCACAGGAACGAUUAGGAAAAGCUGGGUCUGGUUUCAAAAAAACUAAUCUGUCUUGGAGAUAAAAAUAACAAAGAGAGACUAAAAUCAAACAAGUGUGCCCAGAGUGUUGCUCAGUGAAAGGAGGAUUUUAAUGGGGAAUCUAAAUGGAUUAUUUUUUCAAAGAGAUAUUAGAAAUUAAUAUAUUCUUUUCUUAUCCUGGUUUUCGUCAGCCGCUGUGGGGAAGUGGCUCAGUUCUUAACCAUGCUGUGUACAGCAUUCGUUAUUAUUUCUCUGUCCCACAACCAUAAACUUCUGGUUGUUGCAGUUAAAUUAAAAAUCAAAGGAAGUUUCAGGCAAGUCCUAACAUCUUAAAACUGGAAUUCAAAGUGAAUGUUCUGAAAAUUCGCUGCUUGGUGACAAUAACCCAGUAUGCAUUUCCGCUGUCUUUAAGUUCGUCGCAUUUCAUAUCUCUCCUAUAGCCUUUUUCAACCAAUUUAAAUUCCUGGCUAAUUGAAAACAUUGUUUGUUUAGAUUUGUAGCCCUCAGCAUUUAAAGACUCAGGGCAAAUGUAGCAUCACAAAUAAAAAUGCAGCAAUCAAUCUCUGUACUAGAGACUCACAGUCUAAAGGAGAGUGGUGUGGCAAAUAGCUCCGCAUUGUUCCCUGAGUUUGGAACCCAGCAACCUGGUAACCACAGUCCUGCUUGCUGUCAGUGUACAGAGACAUAGAAGUUCAGAAGAUUUUAUCAGACUCAGGCAGAAAACUAAGCUAUUUUGUACACUGGAUUUGGGGGGAGGGUUUUUUGUGAAGCGUCUGUCACGAAGAGGGAAGUGCAGAAUGCUUUGGGGUACCUGCUACUAUAGCACUGCUGAAGUUAAAUUAAUGACUUGCUCAGUUCCUUGGUCACCAAUUAAGGACAGGAUCUUGUGCAUUGUUUGAAAAAGCAAGAUGUAUGGAAGGUACGAUAGCCUAUGAAAUGUUCAGACAACGGGUAGCUCAAGGUCCACAGGCUUGUAAGCUUUCUACAAAAACGUUUCUGCCAGACAGCUUAGCACCAUGCUGCUACUGUAUGGAGAAGGAUUUGUCCACAAGAGUGUCAUUCUGUAAGAAAACGAGAGAACAGUUUUUUCACUGGAGAAGGAGCUUUGAAAGCCAGAAGAGACCUACAGAUUUUUGGGGUGGGUGGGUUGUUUUUAGUUUUGCCUGCCCCUAGUCUAAGCUAGUAGUUAGACUAUAAUUUUGCUGGAGUCGUGUUCUGCAUCGUAGUUAAUCUAAUAAUUCAUUCAGUCCUAAUCCUAUCUAAGGCAGGCCAAAAACCAGUUGGUUAACUUUGAUGUUGUUCUUGACUGAGAUUUAUCCACACCUAUGGCCUGAUUCAUUCAUUAUUGCUACUGUAGGGGAGCUGCUUCUGUGUCACGCCAGUUAAUGUCUUUUGGUUUGGACAGCUUCAGAUGCACAUGUUGAAGGAACAUGAGAAUUGUGAGGUUGUGUCAGUUUCUCAUAUUUUUUCAGUCUUAAAUUUAGUUCUCCACGUUUGUGAUUAUUUAUUAUUUUAAAAGAGCCACCAUGAAAAUUCAUCAGCGUU